CCCCUUCAUUUGUCUCUCCUCUUCUAGUCUUUGCCUCCCUCAGCUCAUUGGUUUAGUUUCAUUUCAACCUUGGAUGGGAAAAAGACUCAAUCUUUUCAAAUCCCUGUUCAGUUGCUGAAACUUUUUCUCAUUCCCUCUUGUUUCUUGAUCUGGGCUUCCGUUCUUUCCUGACUCAGAUCAAUUUUGUUCUAAGUUUCUCACUCAUAGCUCUAUCAAGACUUCAUCUUUUUUACUCCCACUAUUGUUGAAGCUAUUCAUGCAAGCAGAAAAACCACAUCUGAUUAGUGGGGUGUUAUCAGUUUCUUGAUUGGUACGAUAAUAUUCAUAAAGAUGGUUGCUUUGAUUAAGGAUGCGAGUGGGAGCUGUUCCUUCUGAGGUCAGCUUCAUUCGAUUUAUUGUUGUUUGUUCAAUUUGCUGAGUUGCGAAAUGGGCAGAGGGAGAGGAAAAGGCAAGAAACAACCUGCACUUGCUGCUCGUGAUGAUACUGGAAGUGGUGAGGAUGAGAAGUUGCCGGUGAGGAGGAGAGGGAGACCGCAAAAACCGUUGAAAGAUGACAUUGAGGAGGAGGAUGAAGUUGUGAAUAUAAUAGAAGAAGAUGACGCCAUAGAGGAAACAAAAGGCUCGGUAUUGAGUAAAAGUACCAAGAACCAAGCUGCCACAGAGAAUGGUAGGAAGAGGAAGAGACCAUCACAAGUAAAGGAAAGUGUCGAUUCAUUAAAAGAGGAAAACGGCGUGGGAACCAAAACUAGUGCUACUGACCUGAUCAAGUCAGUCGGGUAUAGACAAAAUGGCAGCAGAAGGAAAAAUAAGCCUAGGCGGGCUGCUGAAGUUGGCGUUGAGUGCAAAUGAAGACUGUAUUGCUGCUCAUUGAGGGUUGAAGCUUUGAUGACUUGUAUCGGCUUUUAAGUAUUUAUUUCUUUUUCUUCUUUUGGUUUCCGACUUCAUCAUGUUUUUGGUAAUGCUAGUUGAGAAAAAAAAUUCUUAAAUUCAUGGUUUCUGAUUAGUGCAGAAGAUUGCAGCAAUUUUCUUGGGUGUUUGCUGUAGAUAGCAGAUCUAGAUUCUUUAUACAGGUACUUGGUGUCAAGUAACCAGGAAUUUUGCUCAGCUCCCUCAAACACUAUCCUAUAUUGACAUUAUACGUUUUCUGUUGUAAUCAUAUGUAUUGCUCCUAUGCC